CUGUAUUGCUCUUGCUCGUCUCAAAUUCAUAACAAUACACAAAGGAAGCAAGCAGCAGCAGCGCGUUUCUGCGAGUGUUACUUUAGGGAGUAAUUAUUAAUUAGAAUUUGGUGAUUCAUUCUUCAGCAGCAGUCGAUUUUUUCCCCCCGACACAGAACGCAAGCAAAAAUGUCCGCCUCAGGUCCAACCUCGUUGAUAUCGACGGGCGGUGAUGAAUCGUUUGAUUUUCUGUUCAAAAUCGUCCUCAUCGGAGACUGUGGCACCGGCAAGACCUGCAUCGUGCAGCGCUUCAAAUCGGGCAACUUUAUCGAAAGCCACGGCAACACGAUCGGGGUCGACUUUUCGAUGAAAGCGGUCUCGGUGGAUGGGAAGAAGGUGAAGCUACAGAUAUGGGACACGGCCGGGCAGGAGCGGUUCCGGACCAUCACGCAGAGCUAUUACCGAUCGGCUAACGGUGUUUUAAUUGUGUACGACAUCACCAAACGGUCGACCUUCCUCAGCCUGCAGCGAUGGAUCGACGAGGUGCGCCGGUAUACCGCCUCCAAUGUGAUGAUCUUCGUGAUAGGCAAUAAAUCCGACUUGGACGAGGAGCGGGAGGUGGAGUUUUCCGAAGCCGAAAACCUUUGCCAGUAUAUCCCGGAGGUGAUGUUCGUGAUGGAAACGUCCGCCAAAGACAAUCGCUGCGUGGACGACGCAUUGAUGACGCUAGCAACGGAACUAAAGCGGCGCCACGAUGGCUUGAAUGCGGCCGAAGAGGAGGAAGGCAUCACGCUCGGUCAGAGCAAAAGCUUAUCAACCAAUACGUGCAACUCGCUGUGCAAUUUAACGUGAAGCGGUGCACCGAGCGUUUUAGCUACUGCUGAUGAUACCUGGCCAAAGCGUAAAAGGACCACUUGCGAACGCGACUGUUGAACAGUUCUAAUUUGUAAACGACUUAUUGCCCUCUCCCCAUUAGCACAAGCCCGAUCGGUUUGCGGUACGCCACGGUUCAAAUGCCAUCUUUCUAAGCAAU